AUGACGUCAACAGAUAAUUUGACGUCAAAGCGGGCGGUGAACCAGGGUGCCCAGGAGGUGUUGGAAGGAGUCUCUUAUCAGUCUGGAAUUGGCCAUGAGACCAAUGCAGAUAUAGAGGCUAUUCCAGCCCCAAUACCCAAAGGAGACUUCAAACCUAUUCAGCUCACAAACCCGACAUUGGUGACGUUUGAUCUGGAGACGACAGACCUUAUUCGUGGACAUUGCCUGCCACAGAUAACGCAGAUAGCAGCGUCAGAUUUGGCUGGAACCCGUACAUUUUCUCAGUAUGUUCUACCGACAGAACCCAUAUCUGCUGGGGCUAGGCAAGUCACUGGCCUCUCAGUUGAUGGCGACCGUCUAUUACAUCUUGGACAACCGGUAGAAGCAACAGAUAUAAAGUCGGCCCUACAACUAUUUACUGCCUGGGUGAAGAAAAUUCCAAACUGUGUUCUAGUUGCACACAAUGGUAAAAAAUUCGAUUUUCCGGUAAUUGUAAAUGCAUUGAACUGUGCAGGUGUAUAUGAUAUGUUUGUUGACGGAACAAAAGCACUGGUUGAUUCUCUUUCACUAUUCCGGAAGGUGAUUCCAGGAAGGAAGUCAUACAAGCAGGAAGACCUGGUACAUGACAUUUUGAACACCUCAUAUGGGGCACAUGAUGCUGCAGAAGACGUGCACGCUUUGGGCAGUCUUAUUUCCCAUUUGGACGUUGACAACAAGACAGUAUUGACUCAAAGUUUUAGUGUAAGUGCAGUUUGUAAGAACAUGUUGUUCAACAAGGAGAAAGCCAAAAAUCUUCCAUCAUUGUCAGUGCUUUUAUACAAAUCCAUAUGCAAAGCACCUACGGCUGAAAAUAUAGCAGGGUCUGGUUUGAACUUGCAACACCUUGAAGCUAUAUACAAGCGUGAUGGAGAGGAUGGCCUUACAAAUACUUUCAUAAUGAAAAACAGUGAGGGCCAACCGCGUGUUACGGCAGCGAAACGGAUUUUAGAUUCUGUGAUCCCUAAACUAGUAGAGUUUUUCAAAGAAAAGAAACUUUAAUUUUGGUGAAUGUGAAAAUAGUUUAACAACAUUGUUCAGUUUUGUUAUAAAUGGAAUGUAACUGUUUAGGUUUUUUUUAAUUGAUUGUAACACAAUAACUUUCCAUUUUUCUUGUAAGAAAUAACAUGUACACUUGCAUCCUGUAUAUGUAGUCUUGUAAAAAAACAAUUUCAAUUUAAGAAUUAUGUUCAAACAUUUAUCAUAUGUAAUGAUAAAACACUUAUAAGUGUUAUGGAACUGAGAAAAGUACCUUGUAUUUGCAAAAGCAUUCACAAAUUAUUAGUGUUUGAUAAUAUUAUAAAAUAUCUAUUGAUUGGAUAAUUAUAAGUGAUCGGGCAUUGGUCUAAAUCUGAAAUAGUCUAAGUCAAAAACACAGAUAAUCUGUGUUUAUUGGACUUUUUGCUCAUGUAAAUGAUAAAUUUUGUCAUAAAUUUUAUAAGAAAGAGUUAUUGGAUU